AUGUAUGUCUGUGUCCACCAGACCCUAAAAUCCCGAGACCACGAAACUCACCAACAAUCAAGCAUUAUUGCCCAGAACCCCGGAAUCCCCAAUCCGGAGGUAUCAAAGAUCAUCGGAGAACAAUGGCGACACCUGUCCACCAAGGCGAAAGAGGAGUGGAAUAUGCUCGCGGAGGCAGAGAAAGCCCGUCAUCAAGAACAAUAUCCAGGCUAUCGCUACCACCCUCGCAGAAGUGGAAGAGUUAGCAAUCAACCAUCUGCCUCUGGUCCAUCAUCUGCUGAAUCACAGGAACCUUGUGCCAAGUGUGGUGGAAAACCAAUACUGAAUUCCGCCUAUAGCACACAGCUGCCUAAUCCAAAAAGUACGCAACAGAGCAUGGCUACGCAAAUCCCAGGAAAGCGUGGCUACGUCGUGAGUGGUCCGCAUGGUCAGAUAAUCCAUGGCCAGCCGACAGUGUCUCCUGAACAUCUUGCACAGCAGAAAUCGUUUGUCGAAGCAUAUCCGUUCUCCAGAGUUGAUCCUAGAUUGAUCUAUGCCGUUCCACCAACUGCUCAACGGGCACCGCCUUCAGAUUCACAGGAUCCCAAGAGGCGUCGCUACAAUAACAAUGGCGUGUACGUCCCAGCAGGCCAACCUUACCCUGAGCCCACCUAUUCCUAUCCUCAUUCUCCCAUGAACAAUGCUUAUACCCGUGGGGAGGCGAUGCAGCAACUUCAUGCUCAACAACUCCCUGCCCAGCGGAUACACGGAAUGCAGCCAACAAAAGCAGCAAUCAUGUCUCCCCCUCGUGGAGUAUAUCCACAUCCACCACAACUGCAACCAGUGCGCCCGCCCCAUCCACACCAACGUGCCCGGUCAACAGUUGCUCUUCCGCCUAUAGAAACAGUGCUGUCUCAUGCUCCUAUCAAGGCAUCAUCAACAUCAUCUCAGAGAUCAGGCGUUGAAGCGAUGAUCAUGUCAAUUCCAGUGUUGAACAAAAUCAAAGUCCUGUCUCAAAUUUCCGGACCCCUCCCAACCCCUGGUCUGACCUCGCCGAAACCACAAGUUCGCGGUGCCAUCAUUGCUAUCGAAGGCAUGGAUGCCAGUAGCGUCAACAGUAUCACCAUUUCUCUCGCCGAUCAGCUUGGAAGGGAAGGCAACUUCGCCGUGAAAACCUUUGAUGGUCCAGACCCUUAUACGCUUGUCCGCGAGGCAAGAAGCGGCGUCCACGGUCGUGGUGGAAAUAUCACAACCGAGUCGUACCUCAAGAUGUUGAGUGAAUGGCACAAGACCAGCAAAGAGAUAGUGGAGUAUAUAACCACACGCCCUCAAGGACAGGCAGGUGAUAAGGACACCCCUAUUGCCCUUGAUAGUCCCUUUAUGGAGAGAACAACGACUCAUUCUAAUGGGGAAGCGGACGUUCCUCUAUCGGCCAUCUCUCCCAAGACGAUCUACAAGGCAGCAGAAUUGUCGAUUGCCUCACCACCAUCAAUAAAGGGACGAAGCCAGAGUACUCCAGGAGAGAGACCGAUUGCGGAUGCAGCAAAUCUUACUGUUAACAAAGAUAGCAACAAUCCCACUUCUAUGGCCGGUCCCUUGAUGUUUCCACGUCCAGUAAACUCAUCCCGCAUUCCACCAAUGCCUACCCCCGCACACUCGGCAGCAAUUGUUCCCGAACGUGAGGCUGAAACUCCACCUCAAGAGACACAAGGCCCUCAAGCCGAUUCAGACAAGGGAAAUGAAAAUGCACCUGUGUCAGCCGCAAACAACAGUAACUCCGUCAUCCCAAUUGCCCUUGUGCCACACUUCCAACUCACCACCGUGGACGCCAGCUCGAUCUCCAUGCCCAUCUCCGAUGGCUUCAGCCCACCGGCACACUGGCAGUGGUUUGCCACGCUGUGGCGAGGCAGCGUAGGUCCAGACGUCACAAUCGUGAUCAAGAGCACAGAGGAGGAUACGGGAGACGGCGCCAGUACGGUCGCAGCAGCAACGAGAACAGCAGCAGCAGCGGAAGCGGAAGCAGCCGGUGAUGGAGGAGCUACCGACACCAACACCAGACCCGCAGGUCCCAGCACGAUGUCUACAGCAACAGGUUCUGCGAAGCCCAGCGCCGCCAGUCAAUUUCCUGGGGCCGCAUCUACUCGCCAGCGAACCUCCGGUUCCACCGCCAGCGUCAGCAAUGCGCCCUCGAGCUCUGGCGUCGAGAUCAGGUUGAACGACUAUCGGGCCGUCAUCGUCAAGACUGGCAUUUUCUCAACGGCGAAUUCCGCCGAGGGUAGUGGUAACGCAAAACAAGUCAGCCCCAAGGAGCUUGAGUACUGGGAGAAAGCGAAGAGACGGAUAGGCUUCGAGGUCGAGGAGUUUCUUAGAAAGUGA